AGCGCCGCCAGCACGCCGGACGCCAGCUCCGCGGCCACGCGAUGAAAGAGUGAAACGUGGACGCUCGUCACAACAAGGCACCAGUAGCCAUGACGUUGGCCGCGCCCCCCUCUUCACAAGACUCCUCCCCUCAGAUGGUAAGCCACUCCCACACCACGCCGCUGCUGAGCCCGGCGGCGGAGGGCGCGGGCGAAGGCCAGCGCAGGAGGCGUGUCCUCUCCAAAGACGGGCGCAGCAACGUGCUCAUCGAGCACGUGAGCGGGCGCCGGGCGCUCUACCUGCGUGACCUCUGGACGACCUUUCUGGACAUGCAGUGGCGCUACAAGUUCUUCUUGUUCUGCGCCACCUUCGCCGGCACCUGGUUCCUGUUCGGCGUGUUGUGGUACCUGGUGGCCGCCAUGCACGGCGACUUGGCAGACCUGGCCUCGCCCGCCAACCACACGCCGUGCGUCACCGAGGUCCGGACGCUGACGGGAGCCUUCCUCUUCUCGCUGGAGUCGCAGACCACCAUCGGCUACGGCUUCCGCGUCAUCACGGAGGAGUGUCCCGUCGCCAUCGUGCUGCUCAUCUUCCAGCUGGUCGUCACCAUGGUGAUGGAGAUCUUCAUCACUGGCACCUUCCUCGCCAAGGUGGCGCGGCCCAAGAAGCGAGGCGAGACGGUCAAGUUCAGCCGGCACGCCGUUGUGGCCGCGCACGACGGCCGGCCGUGUCUCAUGGUCCGCGUCGCCAACAUGCGCAAGAGCCUGCUGCUGGGCUGUCAGGUCACGGGGAAGCUGCUGCAGACGUCGCUCGGCGAGGAGGGCGAGGCGGUGCGUCUGGACCAGCGGAACGUUUCCUUCCAGGUGGACACGUCCAGCGACAGCCCCUUCCUCAUCAUCCCGUUGACCUUCUACCACGUCAUCGACGACAGCAGCCCCCUGCGAGCCUGGGCCGCCAAAGGUGGCGGCUGGGCAGCGGACUUCGAGCUGCUGGUCAUCCUGAGCGCCACGGUGGAGCCGACGUCGGCCACCUGCCAGGUGCGCACGUCGUAUCUCCCUGACGAGAUCCUCUGGGGCUACGAAUUCCCCCCCGUCAUGUCGCUGUCCACCUCGGGGGGCUACGUGGCCGACUUCGCCUUCUUCGACAAGGUCGCUAAAGCCAAAACGCAGCCGCCGCCGUCCGCCAAGGAAGGGACGGACACAGAGAAGACGCGAGCGAAAGAGCACUUUCGUGGUCGAGGGGGGCGGGGCCGAGACAGCGGCGCGCUGAGCGUGCGCAUUAGUAACGUUUGACACGAAGCGGCUUCAUGGUUUCUGGCCUAUGGCAGACUCUCACAUGACAUGCCAUUUUAAUAACACACUAACACGCCACUAAAGUCAC